AUGGGUGACUACUUGAAAGCACUUGAAUUUUGCGAAAAAUCACUUGAAAUACGAAAAAAAGGUCUGCCUUCGAAUCAUCCGUCAUUGGCUACUUCAUACAGCAACAUCGGUCAAGUGUAUAAUAACAUGGGUGAUUACUCGGAAGCACUUGAAUUUCGCGAAGAAUCACAUCAAAUCUACGAGAAAGCUCUGCCUUCGAAUGAUCCGUCAUUGGCUACUUCCUACGACAACAUUUGUCAAGUGAAUGAUAACAUGGAUGACUACCCGAAAGCGCUUGAAUUUUCGGAAAAAUUACUUAAAAUGAAAGAAAAGAGCGUCUCUGUGGAUCAUCGUGAUUUGGCUGCUUCUUACAGCAACGUCGGUGAUGUAUAUGAUAAAAUCUGUUAG